UAGCUGAAGUAUUCUUCUUCAAUGAGUUCCAAUUCCUUCUUCUGAAGACGUUUUUUCUCAUAUUACUGUUCACUUUGCUAUUGAUUUUCAUAUCGUGGCGAGUGUACGGUAAACGAAUAUCAGAGAGGUUUAUGAAACCAGCAACAUCAGCAACAAUAGAACAACUGAAAGAAAGUGUUUCCAAACUGAAACUGCCUAAAGAGCAUACACCCAGGAUAUAAUACAAUAAUGGCAGAUAAAAUAAAAAGGUUUUUUCAAAAGAAAAAAGUUGAUGCAAAAUUCAAACUAGCUGGACCUGGACAUAAACUGAGUGAAUCAACAAUAAGCAGUCAGACUUCAGACUCAUCUAGGAAGGAUGUCCCAGUUAAACGUUCAGGGUUGUCAGAGGAAAGUAAAGUGGCAGCAGAGGCGGCUUUGGCCAGACUACAACAAAAGAGGGACAAUCCUGCAUUCAAUACUUCACUAGCUGCCAUACAGGCACAAGUGAAAAAAGAAUUGGAGAAUGAGAAAGCAUCUGCUUCUGCCGUGAAGGCACCAGCGAGUUCAGAUACAGAGAAGAAAGAAACAGAAGUAGACUUGCCUAUGAAUUUUGCUGCUUCUGGAGUAUUCUUUAAAUGUCCACUAAUUAGUAAUGAUAUUUUACCACGGGAUGAAUGGAAGAUAAAUAUCAAAACAUUCCUAUAUGAACAGUUAGAGGAGGAGAGAGGAUUGACAGCCUGUCUAAUUAUACAGUCUUGCAACAAUAAUAGAGAUAAGAUUGAUACCUGCGUAGAAACCCUUUGCAAAUAUUUGGAAAACAUAGUCACGUAUCCAGAGGAAGAGAAGUAUCAGAAAAUUAGAAUGUCUAAUAGAGCAUUCUGCGAACGCGUUCAGCCAAUAGAGGGAUCGUUAGACUUACUCCUAGCAGCUGGGUUUACACAGCAAAAAGUGACCAACGCAGAUGGUAUAGAAGAAGAUUACCUAAUAUUCAGUAAAGAUAAUAUACCUUCGGUGGAAAUGUUAACGACACUAAUCGACGCGCUCCGGACAGCGGAACCUAUCCAGUUAGAAUUAGAUAGAAACCUACAAGUGUUAUUGCCGUCGCAAGCGGCCACAAAGGUGCAGCUACCUGCGUCAUUUUAUGCACUUACACCUGAAGAAUUAAAGAGAGAACAGCAACUAAGAACUGAAGCGAUAGAAAGAAGCCAGAUGCUACGCACCAAGGCUAUGAGAGAGAAGGACGAACUACGAGAAAUGAGGAAGUACAAAUUCGCAAUAAUUAGAACACGUUUCCCAGAUGGCAUUUUGUUACAAGGGACAUUCUCUGUAUACGAACGCUACAAUGAAAUAUACGAAUUCGUCCAAGAAAACCUUGAACACAGCGGUCUGCCUUUCGUCCUGAAUACACCAACUGGCCACAAACUGAGCAUAGACGAGGAUGCAAAUAAAACCCUUAUCGACCUACGAUUAGUACCGGCCACAGUGCUCACAUUCGCUUGGCACCACAGUGUAGUUGAUGAAAUCCAGAAAAGUCCUAGUAGUAACGUCUAUUUGAAGCCAGAAAUUAUGGUGCUCGUGCAAGAAGUAUAAAAGUCUACCUAUAUAAUAUACUCUUUGUUGAAGCUUACAAUAUAACACUAUCUUAUAAUUUUGCACAUAUUAAUUCUAAUAAUUGACUUUACUCACGUUUAAAAUUCGGAAAUGCUUGACUGCUUUUGGAACUGAAUAGUUACUAUGAGCGCGGUUCAUAACUACGUCGCAAACGGCACUACACGACCAGCUAAUAAUAGUAGCGUCUGUGUAAAUACGUGAAAUUAAUGAACACACAGUGUUUUUUGAGUUUCCGACAAUUGUUUCAACUUUAUCUGGAAAUUUUCAUGAUGCGUUUAGCGCCUUGCGUCACUGUGAAUUCAUUAAUCUCCUUUAUUUACAUAGAAAUUGAAUAAAAAUUAACAUAAACUUUAAAAGCAAUAAUAGUAGUAACUGACUAUAUCCAUCCAACUGAUGUCAACUGGCAUCUCCAUAUUUAAAACGUGGGCAAAGCGGUUAUAAAUAAUUACGAUAUUUAUUAUACAACAUAUUAAAAUUGCUUCAAUUAUUAUAAUACCUCUUAAACACAGUUUCAUAUUUUUUUUUAAUGGGUGAUAAUGGUUUGGUAACGCCGUCUGCGCUAUUGGUAUACACUGGUGGGAUACCAGUGAGGGAUGACAGAUGAAGAUGAAAGUAGGUCAGUUAGCCCACCCUGACGAAUUAAACUAGAAUUAGUUACUAUGGUUUCCAGGGGGAACCACGUGGAGGUCGACCUGACAGGGUAUAUUGCUAGUAAUAGGGCUUAUUUGACCCCAUUACUAACAAUCCCUUCCCCCCCCCCCCCCCCCAGUUUCGUAUAUUAGUGCAGAUUCUAAAAUAACAAAAUUAAUCCGAGCGACGGCGGUAUGCUCGCCUCUUGCCACGUUACUAUUUCAAAAUGCUCGGCGAAAUGUCUUGCCCACAAUGACAACGGUCAAUAUAAAUGCCUCUGAGUACCCGUUAAAGCAGUGUUUUUCAAACUUUUCCAUGGCGCGAUCUCUUAGUAUAUAAAAAUAUUUUGCGACCUACCCUACGCGGUUCGUAAUCUGUAUGUAUUUUAAUAUUUUACAAUUAUCAAUCUUUUUGUUUAUUUUCAUUGUUAGGUAUUGGUUAAAAACAAUAAUAUUACAUUACAAUUUUACAUAAUGAUUAUAAUAUUACAUAAUAAAGUACCUAAGACAGGCAACGAUUUCAGUUUCGCAACCUUCCACGACCCCCUUGUAAAUGCUUAGGGACCUCUCAAGGGGUCGCGACACAAACUUUGUAAACUCUGCCUUAGCGAUUAUAAUUACUAGCACAUUUAAUUUAUUCUGAAAUAUUACUAUAGAUUCUACGGCUGCUAUAAAUUCGUAGUUUUUGGCCAAAUAUUUCACUCAUUUUUCAAAAUGAUGGCACGCGAUAAGAUUUUCUUGAAAGCCUGUCGUAAUACGACAAAGCAAGGCGAUUAAUGAUAAUUUUAUUAAAAGAAAAUCAGUAUGGUGACUGUAUAAAAGUAUGAAUUUAGAGGGUGUCCAGUGUAGAGAAACAUUACGCAGAUACUGUGUUGGGAAUGGUACUAUUUAAAUACGUUAUGUAUAUAUUUGUAAUAUAUAUAUAUAUAUAUAUAUAUAUAUAUAUAUAUAUAUAUAUAUAUAUAUAUAUAUAUAUGUGAAUUUUUAACUUAAUGGUCGCCUUGCUUGAUUAUGGCUCUGAAUAUAAUGACAUAUUGGUUUCAAUUGAGACAGAAAAUUAUUUGAGUAGUUUGUUAUAAAUGAACUUAAUAAAAUCACAGAAAACCCAAUUGUAAUGUUUUUAAAGAUCAAUUAUUAUUGUUGUUGUGUAUUUCAAAUCAUUUUUAAAUGUAAAUAGACCUAACAUUUAGAACUAGUUUUCAUUCUCCGAAAUUUACAUGAAUUACUUUUUAUUUGUAAAAAUUCCUACACAGAGGUUUAAAAACAACAUGAAUAUUAAAUAGAUUUUAAAACAUUGAGGUCGAUUCUGUCCAUUUCUCUUAAUAUAUAUUUUAAUUUUACUGUUUCGCGAAUAUUACUAAUUUAGGGACUAUAUUGAAUCAAUAUUUCUAAUAUUUGGGACUUGAAUCAAAAAUUUAUUUAAAAAUUCAUAUUGGUCAAUAGAAUAAAGAUUUUGCUGUAAUAACGAAUAGAAAUUUUAAUUUCAGAGAUAGAAUUAGAGAUCCCAAUGUCUUACAAAAUCUACUAAAUGAAUUUACUUUUUUUUGGUUCCUAAAAAAGAAAUAAAAUUUUGAAUUUUAUUAAAGAGUAUAUUAUCUUUUAAAUUUGUAUUGUUUUAAUUUGACGAUCUCGAAUAACGAAUGGUAAACAUGAUUUAGAUGCCAACAAUGCCGAUGUUAAUGUGAUAUAAUACCACAUUUAAACCCUUCUUUGUAAAAAAUAUAUAAAAGACCAAGUUCACUUUAAGUUGAUCGUGUCUGGAUACCUUAAUGUCCAUUGGAGAAAAAAAAAACAUAGCUGUCUAAUUUAUAUUUUUAACCAUUUUUCCUUUAAUUUUGAACAUAAAUUAUAUCACCUUGAUUUAUUUUACCAAUAAAAAAAUCACGCAAAGAAGGGUUAAGAUUUAUGAAUGAUGUACAAUUUUUAUGUAUGUAGAUAUAAAAUCACUCUGUAUACCCCGUCUCCAUAUAUGACACAUGAUUGUGGUAACAUGCAAUUCCAGAGAUUUUAUGAUGACUGGACUAAAUUUUUAACUAAGAGUUGUCCUGAUUGAACUUAAAAACGCGGAUGGACAAAACAUGGAAUGUCCAUCAUUUACAUAAGACAUUAUUUCGUGGUGAUUAAUACCCAGCCUUAUAGCAAAUUCAAGCAAGUCUAAAAGCACAUAUUUUUGUGUCUACAAUAAUUAUAAAUAAAGAUUUCACAUAUUAUAAAUCAUGAAAUGAGACCGUUUGAACCGAGUUUGAUUAUAAUUCUAUUUAAAAACUUUUAUUAAUUGUCUUUUUAAGAAUGAUGAAAAGUAACAGAUUAAUUGUACAGACUAAGAAAUGGUAGGGGAGAAGAGAUUCUAUCAAAUACCAAGCCCUCUUUCAUUAAUUCAUUCAUAGAAACUAAAACAUCUACAAACCUAUUUUAACUAUUAGAAUCAAAUAAAUUACUAUGAAAUCAAGAAAUUAACACAAAAAAGGACAAAAAACUUCAAUAGCUAAAAUAGCUUUGACAUUUUUUAUGAAUAUGAUAAGGGGGCUAUAUUUAAAUAAUUACUUCAUGUAAACAGAUCAUAAUGAAUCAUUUUUUAUAUUUAGCCAAAUUUGCUUAAUCACUUCAUCUCUACAACCUUAAUAUUAAGCUCCAGCCCCUCUAGACAAGUGGUAAGCGAAUCUAUCGAUAGUCUCUUUAACUGCACACAUGAAAAAGAAACCGGACUUUUGUCUCAUUCUAUUUCAUGCAUUAUCAUUUAAAUCUAUAGAAAAAUCUGUUUGCCAUUUAAAUAAAAGGCAUUAGCUACUCCUACCAGUUGUCCAACUACCUACUCCUACCAAUGGUCAUCUCAUCGUUCAGGAUAAGUUAAAGACGUUGGACCACUGGUUGUUUCUUACACUGUGCAUUAUAGUCUGUAAUGUUAGUUGAUCUUUGGUUGCACUAGUGUGUUAAUUUUUUACCUAUAUUGUUAAUGUUUUCUAAUUUAAGCUACUUUUUGCGAUUUAUUUAUUGUAAAACAUACGCGUUUACUGGUCAAAUGUAUUAAAAACAAAGUUAAUAA